CCAGAAAAACACUAGGCCAACCCUAACUACAACCCGACGCCGUGGUCGUAACUUCUCACGUCGCCGGAGCGGCCAACGGAGGAGGCAGGGACCGGUGGCGGCCGGUGUCGCUGGGGCAGUUGGGAUCGCGUCCGGAUCGCCUUUUCUCUCGCCCCUCCAACCUUGAGAACAAAGGCCUAAUUGUGUUUGAGUGACUGCAUCAUCCCCCACCCCCGGGCGGCCCGCGGCGCAAAAAGAAAUCCCGUCGCGUCAGCGCCGGGCCGCCGAUCUCCUCGUCGUAGGGGAUGGCCUCCGGAAGGUCGGUAAGUCGCGAGCCGUACGACGAGGAGGCCGCGAGCCAAAGCACGGUCGAGCUCGGCGUCCGCGACUCUGCCCCCGCUUCCGCCUCCGACCACCGGUCUGGAAAUAUUGUGCCUAGACAUCAUGUGGGAUAUACUAAAGCUGAUACAAGUAAGAGAUACUUGGAGGGAUGGCAUAAGAAGCAAUCUAGUACAGAUGAUGUACGCAAGAGCAAGUCAGGAUACUUCACGGCAUUCGGGGUGGACCUAUCUUCUGAUAAUAUGGCAGUUGCCAUUGUAUAUUUUGUGCAAGGAGUCUUAGGCCUUGCCCGACUUGCUGUGAGCUUUUACUUGAAAGACGAUCUUCACCUUGAUCCAGCUGAGACUGCAGUUAUAUCUGGCUUCUCAUCCUUGCCCUGGUUGAUCAAGCCAAUCUAUGGCUUUAUCAGUGAUUCUAUUCCACUAUAUGGGUAUCGAAGAAGAUCGUAUCUUAUUCUGUCAGGAUUUCUUGGAACACUUUCAUGGAGUUUGAUGGCUACAGUAGUGAACAGUAAAUAUGGUGCAGGAUUCUCUAUUCUUCUUGGAUCACUUUCAGUUGCCUUCUCAGAUGUUGUCGUAGAUUCUAUGGUAGUUGAGAGAGCUCGUGGAGAAUCACAAAGUACAUCUGGAUCUCUCCAGUCUCUAUGUUGGGGGUCCUCGGCAUUUGGUGGAAUUGUGAGCGCAUAUUUCAGUGGUUCGCUUGUGGAUGCAUAUGGAGUAAGAUUUGUCUUUGGUGUUACGGCAUUUUUACCAUUGAUGACAUCUGCUGUUGCAGUUCUUGUAAAUGAACAUCGCCUGAUUCCUGGAGAACAUGCUAUGUCAGUCUCUGGUUCAGGAUUCAUUGAGAGCUCGAUACAGCACAUCAAACAGCUAUGGACUUCUGUAAAGCAACCUAACAUUUUCUUGCCGACCUUGUUUAUAUUCCUCUGGCAAGCAACACCACACUCAGAGUCUGCCAUGUUUUUCUUCAUCACAAAUAAGCUUGGAUUCACUCCAGAGUUCCUAGGACGUGUAAAACUAGUUACUUCCAUUGCAUCCUUGCUCGGAGUCGGAAUUUAUAACCACUUUCUGAAGGCGGUUCAUCUGAGGAAAAUAUUUCUUGUGACAACCAUCAUAGGUUCAGCCCUUGGAAUGACACAGGUUCUUCUUGUCACUGGGCUUAAUAGGCAGUUCGGGAUCAGUGAUGAGUGGUUCUCCAUUGGAGAUUCAUUAAUCAUCACGGUCCUUGGCCAGGCUGCAUUUAUGCCAGUUUUGGUGUUAGCUGCAAAAUUGUGCCCUCCAGGAAUGGAAGCGACUUUGUUUGCCACUUUGAUGUCCAUUUCUAAUGCUGGAAGUGUUACUGGUGGUCUUGUCGGUGCUGGUCUAACAAAGGUUUUUGGAGUCACUAGGGAAAGCUUCGGAAAUCUACCUCUGUUGAUUAUUGUAUGCAACCUCAGUUCCUUGCUGCCCUUGCCUCUUUUAGGUCUCCUUCCAGAGGAAACAAGAGAUUCAGAUAAUGAAGAAACAAAGCACAUCUGACUGAGGUUGUCUUUUAAUACGUUCAAAUUCUGAAGUAUAGUAUGGCUUAGCCCCAUUUCAACUGAGCUAAUAGACAUGGCGGUUCCCCAGUACUAGUUCAGGGAAAUAUGAUAUACUACAGUUUUCCCUGCUGUCAUGUAAACACCAAGAUCAAUCAUCUUGAUUUGGUUAUCAGAAAAUGGAACCCGAUGCUAUGGAGCACAAGUACUUCUCUUUCUUUUAUGUAGUCAACAUGUAUUACAAGAGAAUGUGAUAAAUUUUUGGGUGCUCUCUAUGUAACUAAUGUAACCCCAUGAAAAAGGUUGAAUAGUAACCUAACUCCCUUAUCGAAUUUGGAUAUUUUCCCCUGUGGGAGCUGUAAUAUGGAGAGUAUAAAUUAUGAAGAAACAAACACUUGUCCA